ACUUGUAUUCAAAAAGCCAGAACUCAAUAAACCUCAAGCUCAUUCGCAUAAGCAUUUUGGGCGGGCUUUGAGCGGAAGAGUUUUUCAGUGUACCCAACCCAAACCUCGACCCAAAACCCCAUUUAUGCUCAACUCGACAAAAUGUUCGAAGUCACCGAGAUAACGGCUAACCCAGUCUCCUCUCUCUGCAAAUGUUCCUCUCUCUCACGAGUAGAGUUGUUUUGACCCAAUCUUCUCCUUGAAUGAGAAUUUACCAAGAACUGGAUAAUCUUUCGUUUGUUGGAAAAUGGCAAAGAAAGGAAGCUCAAAGUUGAAUAUUGCUAUUAUUCAUCCCGAUCUGGGUAUAGGUGGAGCUGAAAGACUAAUUGUUGAUGCAGCUGUGGAACUCGCAUCCCAUGGGCAUAACGUUCAUGUUUUCUCAGCGCACCACGACAAAAAUCGAUGUUUUGAGGAGACUAUUUCUGGUACCUUUCCUGUGACUGUGUAUGGUGCUUUCCUACCCCGACAUAUAUUCUAUCAUCUUCAUGCUUUGUGUGCAUAUCUACGGUGCCUUUUUGUUGCUCUGUGUAUGCUAGUCAUGUGGCCAUCAUUCGAUGUGAUACUAGCGGAUCAGGUUUCUAUUGUCAUCCCAUUGCUGAAGCUGAAGAAGUCAACAAAGGUUCUGUUUUAUUGUCAUUUUCCAGAUUUAUUGCUGGCUCAACAUACAACUAUUCUAAGGAGGAUAUAUAGAAAACCUAUAGACUUCAUAGAAGAAAUGACAACUGGAAUUGCAGAUAAGAUUCUUGUUAAUAGCAAAUUUACAGAAUCUAUGUUUGCAAAGACCUUCAGGCGUCUGGAUGCACAAGGAGUUCGGCCAGCUGUUCUUUACCCAGCUGUCAAUGUGAAUCAGUUUGAUGAACCCACCAAUUCUUACAAGUUGAAUUUUCUGUCCAUCAACCGUUUUGAGAAGAAAAAGAAUAUAGACUUGGCAAUUUUAGCCUUUUCUAUGCUUCGCACUCUUGGAGGAGAUGUGCUUCAAGACCUUAAUCUGGCUGAAGCUUCCUUGACAAUUGCAGGUGGUUUUGAUAAGCGCUUGAAGGAAAAUGUUGAGUACUUGGAGGAGCUCAGAAGUUUAGCGGAAAGGGAAGGAGUGUCUAGUCAGGUUAACUUCAUCACAUCUUGCUCGACAGCUGAAAGAAAUGCACUUCUCUCCCAAUGCCUAUGUGUUCUUUAUACGCCAAAGGAUGAACACUUUGGCAUUGUUCCUCUGGAAGCGAUGGCGGCUCACAAACCUGUUAUUGCAUGCAAUAGUGGGGGACCUGUAGAGACAGUUAAGAAUGGCGUAACAGGAUUUCUUUGUGAGGGUAACUCAAGAGAAUUCUCCUUGGCUAUGGCUAAACUCAUUCAAGACCCACAGAUGGCACAGAGAAUGGGUACGGAAGCUCGAAAGCAUGUCACGGAGUCAUUCUCUACAAAAAUAUUUGGUCAGAAUUUGAAUCAAUACCUUGUUGAUGUUGCUCGGACAAAGAGAGACUGAGAAUGAAUUAACAUAGCAGGAUACGCAGAUGUUUUGUAUUCGCUUGUUUAUACAUCACUCUUCCCGGGUGUGUUUUCUUUUUUUAUUUCUUCGACUUACCAUCCAUACAUCUGUAACUAGUUGUUUAGCUAGUGAUUCAGAGAGCUAACAUAGUUUUCUGGCUUAACAUACAAUACCAAUUUGCUGCAUUUAUGAACAUUGGAGAGAUUCUAUAAAGCACAAGUGGCUUGAUA